AAAAAAAAAAAAGAAAAAAGAAAAAAAAAGGAGAGAGAGAGAGAGAGAGAGAAAAAAAAAAAAAGGGAGAAAAAAAAGAAGAAGAAAAAGAAAAAAAAAAUAGGAAGAAGAAAAAAAUCGAUCGAGUGUGUCAAGUGCCUAACUUCGUGUCGUCGUCGUCGUCGUCGUCGUCGUACGGUGGAUUUGACACUUUGAAGAAAAAAAAAACAAAAACAAAAAAAAAACACAAAAGGAAAAAAGAUACAAGGAAGGAAGAGAGAGAAAGAAAAAAGAAAAAUAGAAAAAGAACUCGCUGUAUCGCACCUUCUUUUCCCCUCCCCCCAUACCCGAACUCCCCUCCCCUCUCUCUCUCUCUCUCUCUUUUACAUUUCUUUAUAUUCGUCUUAUUUAACUUAUUCUCCUGGGAUAUACGUUUUUUUCACGAUCAAUUAAUUAAUCGCUUAUUGGAGUUGUGUCGAAGCUCGUUAUGUCUGGAAAUCAUAAGACGGUGAUUAAGUGUCCUUCGGAGUACGUCAAGUUGAAUAUCGGUGGUUCGUUACAUUAUACGACAUUGGGCACAUUGCAAAAACAUGACACGAUGUUACGCGCCAUGUUCAGUGGUCGUAUGGAGGUUCUUACCGACUCCGAAGGAUGGAUAUUAAUUGAUCGGUGUGGAAAACAUUUUGGUACAAUUUUGAAUUUCCUAAGAGACGGCUCAGUUCCAUUGCCAGAAAGUGCAAAAGAGAUGGCCGAACUUUUGGCAGAAGCUAAAUACUAUUGUAUCAGCGAAUUAGCCGAAUCGUGCGAGCAGGCACUUCUUAGGAAAGAACGCGAGGCAGAAUCCAUUUGUACCGUCUCAUUAAUAACGUCUCAAAGGGAAGAACAACUUCUUAUAAGUAAUACUGCUAAGCCAGUAGUAAAACUUAUUAUAAAUAGGCACAAUAACAAAUAUUCAUAUACAAGUACAUCAGACGACAAUCUAUUAAAAAAUAUAGAAUUAUUUGAUAAAAUGUCUCUUAGAUUUAAUGGUAGGGUGCUAUUUAUCAAGGAUGUAAUUGGUUCAAGUGAAAUUUGCUGUUGGACAUUUUAUGGCCAUGGUCGUAAAGUAGCCGAAGUAUGCUGCCAUUCAAUUGUAUAUACAACCGAUAAAAAACAUACAAAGGUUGAAUUUCCAGAAGCUCGCAUUUAUGAAGAAAUGUUAAAUAUUUUAUUAUACGAGCAUCGUAAUGGACCCGAUCAAGAAUUAAUGCAAGCAACGUCUUCUCGCGGUGCUGUAGGUGGUGCACCACCUUGUACGUCCGACGAAGAAGAGGGUGAGCGUUCCGGUUUGGCUCGCCUUCGCUCCAACAAACAAAAUACCAACUGACCCAACCUUACCGUCCUUAACCCGCAAUAUCCAGCAAUCUGUACAAUUUUUAAUGUUGUUCGCUCUCUUAAAACUCGAACUAAUAUAAAAUAGGAUACAUAUAUAUAUAUAUAUGUAUGUAUGUAUGUAUGUAUGUAUGUAUAUAUACAUAUACACAUACACACACACAUAUAUAUAUAUAUAUCAGUUAAAGACAGGAAAUGCAACACAUAUGCAUACGCUAAAAAAAUUCGAUGUUAUGUGCCCUUGCUCCUUUUUCUCUAUCUCUUUUUUUUUUCCUACAUAAAAAAAGAAUACGUAAACUAUAAUGCUAAAAAGUCCUCAACAAAAUGACAGUCUAUAUCUUAUUGAAUUUUACAUUGCAAUAGUAUUUCUUUCUUUUUUCUUUUUUGUUGUUGUUGUAACGGUGUAUCUUAAUUCCUAACGUGUUUAGAAUAGCAUUUAAAUUGAUGUCAGAGCAGAAUGACAAACUCAUAUUUAGAUAUAUUCUACCUGUUUAUCACUAAAGUAAAAAUUUAUUACAUUUUUUCAAACUUUUGUCAUAAGAAAUAUAUAUGAAAAAAAAAAAAAUAUAUAUAUAUAUAUAUACAUACAGGAGAUUAGAUAUCUAAGUACUUUUUAUGUGCCAAACAUAUUACAAAUCUAAAUUGUCAUUCUGCAAUGAAUGAAAUUACUAAAUUACAAUGCAUUUUAUAUCAUAUUAGAAGUGCACUGUUACCUCUGUUAUGAGUAUUAGAUAUACUGUUAUUAUUAUUACUUUUAUUAUUUCUAUUAUUUCUAUUAUUAUUAUUAAUAUUAUUAUUAUUAUUAUUAUUAUUAUUAUUAUUAUUAUUAUUAUUAUUAUUAUUAUUAUUAUUAUUAUUAUUACUACAAUCAUCAUCGUCAUUUAUUGCUAUUACCACCAUCCCUGCAACUACUUUUCAAUUAGUAUUACUACUUUAUUAAUAUUAUCAUCAUCAUUAUCAUCACUAUUGCUUUCAAUGACUUUGUCAUUUUCAUUAUCAUUACGAUUUAUUUUUUGGUAUUAUUAUUAUUAUUAUUAUUAUUAUUAUUAUUGUUAUUAUUAUUAUUAUUAUUAUUAUUAUUAUUAUUAUUUUAUCAUCACUGUCAUCAUCAUUGAAUUUAAUCAUGAACUCACGUAUGCAAAAUGAAUUGUUAAUUCCUCAUCAUGCAUAGAGGAAUUUGUCAAAUGAAAUGCAUAUAUUUUCUAAUAUUUGUGAUAGAAACAAUUUAAUUAUGUCGCAAUUGUUGAAAAAGAAAAAAAAAAGGAAAUAAUGAAUUUUAUCUCUUUACUAAUACGUAAUUAUAUUCUUGAACAUGGACGAGGUGCUUCUUUAAGUUUUUUUUUUUUUUUUUUU